GUCACCGUCACCAACACCAUUACACCAACCACCACUUCUAAGGCGCGAGCGACUACUAUUACAGCGACGAACACGUCAACGAUCUGGAAGACAACGAUCAUGACUCAGGUAAGGACUGCGUCCGGGAUGCAACUUGAAGUGUUCAUAUCUCGAGAAGCAAUCCUAACGCUUUUGGAAAGGUCACCGACACCUUUACAAGCAUGUCAACUCUUACGCAACUCAUCGUGCCUAUAACGACCUUGACGAGUUACGAGACCUCGGUGGUGACCGGAUCUACGACAAUCACGCCCACAACGACAAUGUCGACCCCUGCCGGCUUUACGCCUCUACCGUCCGCGGUUGCUGCUGCCAACGAGACGCCCGGCAAGAAGGGCAGGCGCGAGGCGGAGAAACUCGAGCACCGACUGGCACUGGAGCGUCGUGCUUCCUCAAGUGCUGGCUCCAGCCUGAAGCCGAGCUCGUCCACCUUCACAAGCGUCAAGUCAACGUCCAGCGCAGGUUCGAGCGCGAAGCCAACAUCCAGCGCCGGCUCGAGCGCGAAACCCUCGUCUAGCUUCUUCACGUCCGCCAAAAGCACUUCAGUAGGAUCCUCUGCAACAGUGACCACAGCGACACCGUCAAGCUCAUUCUACUCGAGUUCGAUUACCUCGCCAGCAACAUCGUAUCCUACGCAAGUUGAAUGCUGGAGUACGCAAACCAUCAUCCUCCAGUACGUGACGAACUCAACAUUGAAAAGCACAGUGACUGUGACCAGCCAAAGCACCUCUACAAAGUCCACCACAACCACCAUAACGAACACGUUUACUUCCACGCCAGCGGACGCAUCCAGUACGGUGACCGCUUUCACGAGCACUACUCUUACAAGCACUUCAACCGUCUCAGUGACAUCAACCACAACGUACUCAAACAUUUCGACGGCUUUUGCGGCACAGCAGACGUACUACCCAAUCUGCGACGUGUCAAACCAACUGCAGUACAUCAACGGCGUCCCGGCAAGCGAGAUUGACUGGGUGGGGGGCAUCUCCAUCUACACCGGGUCAGGAUCAUCUGCCUAUGAUUGCUGCGUCGAGUGUUACAACAACCCAUUAUGCGGUGUCGCUGCUUUCGAGCCAAUACCAGAUCCCACCACUGGCUUCCAGGACUGUGUGUAUGGUAUGAUUAGUUCACAGGACAGGUGCUAUGGAGGAAACAUUGUCGGGAAGCUUGUCACUCAUUCGAAUACGGACCCCUUUGUCGUCAUGAAUGGGGCUUGCGGGCAGUAUUCUUUCUAGCGAUAUACUGUGUCGAACGUCUCGACCUACCAUACCUUUCUUUGUGCUCCAAAAGGCUAUUACUACUCUCCAGA